AUGGAAUCUUGUUAAAAUGGAAAACAUCUUGGACAGUUGCUUUUUGGAUAUUGCUCAAAUAUAUAAUGCAUUAGUAAUUUAAAAACAUUUUGUGAUAUUUGCAAAUACCAUCAUGAUGAACAUUAUUAAGAUUUACAAUAAUUGGAUUCUCUAGACAAUAUCAAACUUAAGAAUAAUGAAUAGAUGAAUUAAAUGGGUAAUUUUAUAGAAAAUCAACAAAAAUUUUAUUUGGAAUUUUUAGCAACCUUUAAAGAAAUGGACUUAAGAAACUUGAAAAUUGAUUAUUAAAAUAAUAAUGAUUUAAUUGAUUAGUUGAAAUAAAUUGUAAAAAUAGAAAGUGUAUUAAAUACUGCUUUGCCUAUAUGUCAAAAUGUACAAUAGUCGUGUACUUUAAUCAUGUAAGAACUUAAUAAAUUGAAAAAAAAUAAAGAAUAAGAAAUUUAGGAAAAGCCAAAAUAAGGGAAGAAAUAAAAAUUAAUUUAAAAACAAGGGAUGAAAUAGAAAUAGUUGAGUUAAAAAUAGGUUAUUUCAGAAAUAAAAUAAUGGCAAGACUUCAAACUUCAUUUCUCAUAAAAAUUUAAAUACAAAUGGAUUAAAAUUUUGAAUAAUGGAUAGAUGGCGAAAAAUGAAGACGAUAGAGGUAUGGUCAUAUGUGAGCCUAUGUUGCCUAAGAAAGGAUAAUAUCGAUUUGCAUUUGGUAUCAAUGAAAAUUCUUAUCUGAUUUGGAUUGGAAUUUGUCAUAAAGAGUUUCUUAUGCAAAAUGACUUUAAAACAUAUUUUGAUGAAAAGCCCAUUUGUAAUAAUGGGGUUUAUUUAGUAAAUAAUUAUGGAGUAGCUUAUUCACAUCUCCCUACAGAUAAUACAGAGUCCUUCAUUUUUUCUCCAGAUGAUCUAAUAAUUGUAUAUGUAGAUAUGGACAAGGGAAAUAUUACUUGGAAAAGUAAAGUAUCAAAUAAUAAAUAUUCAAUGAAAUUUGAUGCAACAUAAGAUGUCCAUGCUUGCGCAGGAAUAACUUCAUUUUCACCUGUAUUCUUAGUCGAGAAGUUUUGA